AGGUAUGGUUCUGAAUGAUAGAUAUUAUUUUCUUGUUUACCAAGUAGUUUAGAAUCGGCUGGAGUCUUCUUGAUUAGCAGAGGCUUUAGAAUUUUUAUCACUUUUGACGGCGAAGAUGAUGAAUUUGUAGACGGCGGUUAAUCAAGUCCUCAAGGGUUAGUGUUUUAUGGGCACUGAAACAAGAUGGAUACGUGCCCAAAUUUUGUUUAAAAGCUAACCCUUUUGACUAAUUUCUCAAACCUGUAAUUCCUUUUAUAAUUAAGAUUUAUGUUCCCUUUGUUUUAUUCUCUUAUAUUGCUGAAAAAAUAUAACUCUCUUUUUUGCCAACAAAUUUAACUAUAUUGAGUCUAUAUUACACUGCAUGUGAAUAAACUUGCGUCUCUUCCACAUAUUUUUUUUUUGGCUUAAAAUUCACCACAAAACUUCACAAAUAUGUGCAGUUGUUACUUGUUAGGUCAAUCAAUUUUGUAGUAUAGCUUAAUUGACGUUUAGAAGUGCGUAAAAGUUAAGUCUAACUUGUAUCUUCCUGUAUCUAACAUGUAAAUAAUGUGCCAGCUGAAAACCUUAACAGAAUUUUUCAGACAUCUAGUGUGUAUUUUCCCCUCUAUAGUUUGUAAACGUAUAAAUAUCAUGACUGUUGAGGAAUAAACAUAUAUUGUUGAUUCCCCACUCUUCAUAAUAGGGUCUUAUACUUUUAAAUUUAUGUACGGUUCUAAGUUUAUAAAACUUGAUAUAAUUACGGUUUUGCUUCUUCCAAACAUUAUUUCCGAAACUCAGUCUGCUUUUGUGCCGUGAAGAGCAAUCUCGGAUAAGGUUCUAAUCACGCAUGAGGUUUUACGCUUCCUUCAACCCUCUAAAACACGUAAAAGAUGAUCAAUUGAGUUAAGACAGAUAUGAGCAAAGCCUAUGAUACGUUUGAAUGGGAGUUUAUUAAACUGGUUUUUGAGAGACUCAAAUUCCACCAUAGAUGGAUUAUGUGGAUAAUGGAAUGUGUCUUGACUGUUACCUAUACCUUCCUUAUUAAAAUGGCUUUCCUAGAGGAAGAGUUAAACCGAGUAGGGUUGUCCGACAAGAAAACCCACUAUCACCAUACAUAUUUAUACUAUGCGGUGAAGUGCUCUCGGGUUUGUGUAACAUAGCUCAAAAAUCCGGUAAUAUGGCUCGAAUUUGAGUGGCGUGAGGGAGUCAUCGAGUCAAUCAUUUUCUCUUUGCGGAUGACACAAUGUUUUUCAUUAAAAGUUUAAAACCAACAAAGGGAACGCUUCAGCUAUGAAAUCGAUCUUGUCUCUGAAUGAAUCUGCAUCUGGACAGUUCAUCAACGCUGAAAAGUCUUCUAUAACCUUUUCACAGAAAGCCCCUACAUCGCCCAAAGACCGUGUGAAGGACGGUCUCCAAAUUCAAAAGGAAGACGGAACCGGGAUGCACUUAGGCUUACCCGAAUAUUUUGAAGGACGUAAAAGAGAUAUGUUUACUUCAAUAGUAGCUAGAAUUAAGAUCAAAGCGAAAGGAUGGUCAAAUAAAUGAUUAUCUACAGCGGGGAAGAUGGUCAUGCUCCAAAGCAUCUGACAGCUUAUUUCGUCUUCUGGAAUGACAUGCUUUAAGCUGCCGGUCUCUCUAUUGUAAGCGAAUCCACUCAGCGGUUACACGAUUGUGGUGGGAUGGAAGAAGCGGAAGUAGAAAGAUGGCCUGGGUCUUUUGCUCAAAAAUGACCCAACCGAAAUCGCUUGGAGUCUUGGGUUUCCGAGAUUUUCAGAGUUUCAAUGACACCUUCUUGGCUAAGCUCAGCUUGGAGAAUUAUUCACAACCCAGCAUGCCUUCUCAGUCGUGUCCUCCUCGGAAAAUAUCGCAAUGAUCCAAAACAAUUUCAAGUCUCCCACAGAAGUGUUGAGUCACACGGCUGGAAGAGUAUUUUAAUUGGGAAAGACCUCAUUUUGUGUAACUCGGGAUGGGCAGUUGGGAAUGGUUCAUGAUAAACUAUUGCACAGAGCCAUGGCUAAGUAUGUCUGAGAAGGAAUGACCUAUGGAACUAAUACGUGAGAGACAAAUCGAUCUCAAAGUCUCGAGCCUCCAUUUUCAAGAUGGUUCAGACUGGAACAAAGAUGCAAUUCAAAGAUGUAUCCCUCAGGAAGAAGAGAAUAUUCUCAUGAUAAAACCAAGUAAGCUGAGAGCAGCGGACAGAUUAAUAUAGUUAGGUACCAAGUCUGGGGAGUACUCAACAAGCUCUGGAUAUUGGACAGCAAAGAACGAUCUCAAUGCGACAUCACCUUUUCUACAGUCCCCCUUGAUUGUCAACUAAGUAUUUGGAAACUACAGGUAUCACCAAAACUGAAACUCUUCCUUUGGAAACUUUUCCAAGGAGCUUUAUCAGUGGGAGCAUGUCUAGCAGCAAGAAAUAUAUCCUCUGCCAUAGCUUGUACCAAUAAGAGGAGACGCCAUGACAGAUUACUUUGAGGAAGAGAGUUCUUAUGAAUCAAGCCAAGGCUCCGAUCUUGAUGAAACCGACCAAGCUUGGUCCAAUGAAGAGGAUGGCUGUGAUGGGUCAUGUUCUGAUGAUAACUACUCUAUGUCAGAGUAUGGAGACGACCCUGCUGAAGCAUAUCCUGAACCAGAGCCACCUGAUUACUCACAUGGAGAUACCAGCUACCAAGGAGAGUAUGAGGGAGAAACUGAAUCAAAUAUCAGUUUCAAUAAAGGAGAUGAAUGCCAAGGAGAAGAGACAGAACGUGAUGAUCCUGAAACUGACCAGGAAGGCUCAUGGCAAGAGGAAGCUGAUUCUGAAAUCAGUUUAGAAGAGGCAAAUGAGCAUGAGGAAAAUUUCUCUAAAACGGAAGAAGUCUAUGAAGAUGUUGAUGGAGGAGAAGCAAGUUUCCAAUCUGUUAAAGAAGAAGUUGGAGACGAGUCUCAUGCUGAAGGCAUACCCUGGUGUGAAGUACCUUACUCUGACCAGGAGGAUGAGUACCAAGACGAAACUGGCUUACAAACCAGUGUAGGAAACUCUGAGGAAAACUAUGGAGGAAAGCCAGACUCUCAACAAGACAUUGCUGAAGAAGAAGAGGCCUUAAGUGAGGCUGGAAGAAAUGAUGAUCAACCUGGUUACGUCAUCUUUGCAGGUCAUCAUCAAGGACCAGAAGCAUACUUGUGCUGGGAGAAAGAUAUGGAACAUUGGUUUGAUUCUAAUCAAGUCAAUGAAGAGGAUAAGACAGCCAUUGCCGAAGACACUCUCACUGAAGAUGCCUUUAGAAAGUGGGAACAAGAUGCUUAUUGGCGACUUGCCUAUGAUGAACCAGAAGCUACUUGGCAAGAAAUGAAAGAACUCUUGUAUGAAGAAUAUGUGAAAGGAGCUGGAGAUGAGCUGUUGAAUCAGAUACGGGUCUAUACUAAUCUUGAACCAAGGCGGCUGAUAUUGGCAAAAAGGCCAAAUCGAAAGGCUAAGCUCAAAAAUGCUCACGACCUAAAGCUACACAAGGAGUCUACACUCAUCAUCAAGGGAGCAACCUAGCAUACAACAUCAGCAAGGGUCAGUGGCGUGCAAGGAGUUCCAACUCCACAAGCCAAAACUCGAGAGCUAAGUACAAAGCCAUUGCCUAAGUUCCAUGAGAAGAAGAAACCAAGUAAGUCUUCUAAAUCUUCAAAACCAGUAGAAUUCAUUUGCUAUAGGUGUCAUGAGAAAGGCCACUUUGCUGUAACCUGUCCAACUAGGCUAGUAGUGACUUCUAAUUCACUAGAAGUUAACUUGGAUUCAACUAGUGAAGUUAUAUCUCACUUAGUAUGUAAAUUUCCUACUUCUGGUAUAAUGCAUUUGUCUUGCCCAAAGGCUGAUUAUGCAGGUCUAAAUAAGGACCAGGAGGACGUGGUUUCAAGGUUAAAACAAUAAGAAAUCAUCCCUGAACCAGACCCACAAGAAGGACUUAAACCAGCCACUAGAAAUCCAUUGAAACUAGUAGAUGUUUCGGUCCAAGCACAUGAGGAGGUACAAAAUAGUUUAAAUAAAUUAGUGUGCUCUGUUUAUGAUUCUUCCAAGGCUACCAUGACAUGCUUGUCUAGUCCCAAAAGGUGUGACACAGGUACAUCAUUUAGAAAAGGACCUAUGAAGCAAAAGAAGGUGAUUUUAAAGAGAGAUGACAAGGCACCACCAAAGGAGCCAUCUUUGCUUAAACACCUCUCUGGAAAAGAUGGCACUACGACCAGUAGCAUCUUACUUCAGGAAGAACCCCCAGACCAGUCACCAAACAGACAGGCCGUGCCAUUGGAUGCACCAAUCAAGCUUCCAAAUCAGGUAAGUGCAACUAUCCCUUGUUCGAUAAUCAAUGAUUUGGAUAUUAUGCAUACUGAUUUAUUAUGCCCUGAUAAGUUUGAAGAAAGACUAGGGUGCUUAGAAAAUUAUGUGGAACAUAAUCCUUGUCUUAGAUCCCACUUAGAGAAGAAGCAAGAAAAUUUUUCAUCUACUGAAAUUGGAACUCAUCAAACCGAUUUAUAUGUUGAAAAUUCCAUGACUGCCAUAACACACUUGUCUUUUGCCAAAGAAGUUGAGUUUAUGACAGGAACAAAAGCUGAAAAUUCUGGAGAUAUUUCCAAGGCUAAGUUCAUACCAGGCCGGACCAGAGGGAUUAUCCUAUCCUAUCUGUUCAAAGAAGAACCACCAGAUGCACCAUGCAUCACUAAAUCAAAAUCCAACCAAGGUAUGACCUUAGACUCCCAAAAGAGAAUGAAAGCUGACUUGCUCUACCUUGGUGCAGGUUAUACAGUUUCGAGGUCGAAACCUUUUCAAGGGGGAGGGAAUGUUGCGGGCACAGAAACCGUACCUGAACCGAAGCUCAGCCAGAUAAGCAACAACUGCCUCAAUAGAGCUACCCGCGACCAAGGGUCAUUCAAAGAAGUGCAUCUCAACCACCAGAAGGAAUUUUGGCAUGAAACCAAUUUUACAAGAAGACCAGCUCAACCAUUCAUCACUGCAGCGUGGAAUUACAAGAAACGCUUCACGGAGGAAGAAGUUAUGAAUUUUACAAGUUGGAGGUUUCCCAGCCCAUCCGUGUGCGAGUAUCGGCCCUUAAAAGAGAAACUAAGCCAAACCAAGAAGCGGCCCGGGCCAAAAUAAAUUAUGGAUCUCAAGAGGGAUCUUUUGUGGAUCCAACAAGCCAAGAAUCAGGAGAAAAGGCCCAGUGAAGUUGAAGAUAUAACCAUUUUCCCAGAACCGGUUAUAAGAAGCCAAGUAUGGAAAGAUUGUAAAAUCAAUUCGGUCAACAAUCUCCAAACCAAGAUUACUCAACCAAGGAAACUUCCACACGAUCCAAGACAUCCAGAGGACACAUCCCACGAUCCAGAAGAGCCUUACAUGAUUUUACCAUACACCAGAAAGCAUGGGAAUAAGAAGACCUUCAUUUCGGGUAACUUGCGUUUUUCGGAUUCAUUCUUGCUUGGAGGAGUUAAGGACCAACGUCUCUUUCCAUUUGAACCAGAAGAUACCAAGUUCAAUGUGAGUUUAUUCAGCAACCAGAGACCCUUAUUUCGUGGAUACAAAACCAAGAUAUCAAGAUACAAGAUCAGACCUUCCAAAGCUACAAAUCAGCCUAACGGCUAGUCUAUUGAAGACAAAGACCAUCAGCUUUAUUUUCUUGUAUUUUCUUUCCUUUUCUAGAGUAUUAGAACGUUGUAGUUGAGACCAGGUCGAGCCUAUAUAAGCUCAGGUCAUAGUUCAUUGUAAGACCCCUUGAUCAUUUUUAAAGUAAUAAGAAAUCGUUUUCUUUUAAACAAAGUUGUGUAUUCUUUGUUGUUAUUUCUCUAGUUCUUUGUGUGUGAUUCACUAAGUCCUAAAGAAGCCACGUCCAGGGAGCCUUGUGUGAUUCAAGACCAUCUGCUCGUCCAUUGAUUGAGAAAGUCAAUCUAUAUCCAUCUAUCCAUUCCAUCCAUCGAUCCAGCUUGGAAGAGAUUCAUAUCAAGCAAGCCGGAUUCCAUCCUCAGUCCAUUCUCCAUCCACUGAUGCUUGUUGAGAGAGACACACGUCCAGCAACAAAGAUCCCAUCAUCCAUCUUUCUAUCCUUCUUAUUUGAAUUGUUUUCAUUUUUGCAUAUCAUUUAGUUUUGAAUCUUAAAAGAAAAUCCAUAAGAAUCAUAUUUGCUUCAGUUUAUCAUUUCUUAGAUAGUUUAUUUUAUGUUCUUCAUAUAGAAAUAAUAAAACUCAUAAAAAGGUUCAUCCUUGUUUCAGGUAUAAACUGGCCGUGCCAUUCCUCCACCGCAGCCGUCUAGCCGAUCUUCCAUCUGUCCGUCCGUCCGAUCUGUCCAAGCCGAACCAAAACCAAACCUCAGUCAAGCCAUCCGUGUAGUCUGAAUCCCAGCCUGCAACACUUUCUCACUAAUUUAUCUUGUUUAUGCAGGUUUUUCAUCACAUGGUUCUCAUCUUCCUCUUCUUUAAAGGUAGAUCUAUUAAUUUUAGAUAUGUAUUUUUGAGUGUUCUAUAAAGGUAGAUCUAUCUAAUCUUCCACUCAUGUUCUUUGUUUUUAACCCAUUUGAACGUUUUUUGAUAUGCAGGUUUUCUCAAAUCUAGAAAUACAAGUUUUUCAGAUCUGGAAGACUUCUGGGCUAGAAGACUUCCAGACGACUUCUAGGAAGUCUUCCUGACGACUUCCAAGAAGUCUUCCAGACGACUUCCAGGAAGUCUUCCAGACGACUUCCAGGAAGUCUUCUGACGGAGUCUUCUCCCUUGUCUCCCUUUCAUAAUAGAUCUGAGCGUUUUAGUAAGUUUUUAUGUCUGAUUUUUAUUCAUUUGGUAACCUCCUGUUGCAUAAAGUUCAUACCUUUUUCCCAAACUAAAACACUCCAAACCCAUUCUAAUCUCUUUGACUUGAAAACACUAAACUUUAUAUGAAUUUUUCAUUUUUGGCUCAUGUUUUUCUCACUAAUCUAUCUUUUUGUUAUAGGUUUUUAAUCAGAUGGUUCUCAUCUUCCACUUGGAUAUGUACUUUGUGUGUUCAAUAAAAAUAUAUCUAUCUAAUUUUCCACUCGUUUUCUCUAUUUUUAAGCCAUUUGAACGUUUUUUGAUAUGAUAUGCAGGUUUUUCAGAUUUGAGUUUGAUAUACAUGUUUUUCAGAUCUGGAUUAGACUUUUGGAAGACUUAUGGAAAGUCUUCUUGGAAAUCUUCUAAAAUAUAAUGCGCUAGAAGACUUCCAGUUAGACUUCUUUCAGAAGACUUUAAAGUAGUCUUUUAGGAAGUCUUCUGACGGAGUCUUCUUCCAUAUCAAAUGGAAUUUAAACUUGUCUUUGUAGAUGAAUGUUCUAUAAUAGUUUUGUUUGUGGUAUGUUUUGUGUUUUGCAUGUGUACUCCUUUAGUUGUGACUUUUUUUUGUAAAUUUGAAGAGAUAUUAAUAAAAAAUUUUGGUAAAUAUGUUCAUUUU